AUGUCUGUGAAGAAAAAGGUGAGACCCAGCUCUGCCCUGGGCAUGCUGGAGACCUACCAUGUGCACAGUCUUUACAGUGAAAUAAGAAAAACCUCUGCAAAACCUCAGUUGCGUGCAAAGACUGGCGUGGAAGCCCGAAGAGCCCUGUUAGGAUCUAUAACUUCUGAAGAACCUGAGGAUCAAUGUCUGAGUCCUCCAGAAUGGUUAGAGAAAGAGAUAAUAAAGAGGCAAACAAAGAGACAUUCACUGGGACUUUUAGAAAAUCUAAAAGCAAGGGAAAUACUUCAUAAUCAAUUAGAUCUAGUCAGGAGCCUCUGGGAGGAGAAGAUUGAGCAAAAAAUAACACUGGCACAAUUACAGAAGCUGAAGAAAGCCUUUGAGGAAUAUGAAACAAAUGACAAGUCAAUGGACAUGGAAGAAUUCAAAUGGGCACUGAAGAACAGCAUGGGAUUCAGUGGAACAAGCGAUGAACAAAUAGAAAAGCUCUUCAUGAAAAUAGAUGUAUCGGCAACAGGAGAAAUUAAAUGGGAUAACUUCUGCACAUACUUGCAACGAGACUAUGCUGCACAAGCAGAAUCAAAUACCAAACGCAAAGAAAUCUGUUUCACACUACCAGCUGCAAUCCAGGACCUGCCUCAUGGAGAACCGAUCCUUCGAAUCUCUUCUAUGCCAGAUAACAGCCUAGUAUCGGUCCAAGAAGAUGGCCACGUCUAUUUCUGGUCUCCACAACUUAAACUAAAACGUGACAAGACUAUUUUUACAAAGCCUGCAAAAAAGAUGCCAAAAUGGGUGACGGAUUUCACCAUUAUGACUCCAUAUAACAAAUUAGUCCUGGCAACUGGGGACCGGUCAAUCCAGCUAUAUGAAAUUUCCAAUUUAGAACCCUACUGCCAGAUCACAGGACUUGAAACAAUGCCUUUAAAACUGGAUUAUUGUGACAUGAAACCAGACGAGUGUAUGAUCUUCUAUGGAGAUGACAAGGGAUGUGUUAAUAUAUUGCUGUUAACAUCAGUAGGAGAAACAUUAAGAUUAUGGAAGAAAAUGCCAAAAGAUGAAUAUAACAUGGCUACAGUUGGAAUUGAUAAUGCUGUUCUUUCUCCUCAUGUCUUGUUAAUCCGAUGGAAAGUCCAUGGACACUGGGUAUCACAGAUUAAGUACUUUGAUUCGAUAAAACUUGUUAUGUCUGCGUCCAAUGAUGAAUCUACAGCUUUAGUAAUAGGUUGUACUCUUGGGACAACAAAUGUUGAACAGCAGUUGAAAGAGGGGAGAAGAAUACAAAGCACAGUUGGGCUUCCACAAAAAAGAGCUAACGGAGACCAAACUGUAUUCCGUAUUCACAAGGGAGUAAAAACCUUUGCUUUUUGUAAAAACAACAGCCUUGUUGUGACAGGGGGCUUGGACCGCAUAAUACGGACAUGGAACCUUUACGUGCCAGGGCAACCAACGGGUAUGCUUAGAGGCCAUACUGCUCCAAUCUUUUUCGUACAUAUAUCAACAGCAGAUAACAAGAUAUUUUCAGUUGACCUCAACAAUACAGUAAAGAUUUGGGAUAUGGACGAUCAUUCUUGUUUGUUUACUGCAUGUACAAAAAACAGUCACAUUAGAGGAGAGCUCACCAGUUGCCUGUACAUACCACACACCAAGUCGCUUUAUCUUACCACUGACUCAAUUGCUUUUCUUCAGCUAAUGCUAAAGUCUGCUGCACAGCCUCAUCUGGAUCUCACUCAUUCAGAACCGGUUUUGUGCUGCAAAUAUAACAAAACAUUCAGACAAGUUGUAUCUUGCUCAGAAGGCUCUGUUGUAAAAGUGUGGGAUUUUGAUACCGGAAAACCAGUAUUUGAGUUUAAUGAUGCGCAUGGAGACGCCGCUAUAACAUGUAUAACCUUUGACCUCAGUGAAAGGAGGCUGAUUUCUGGAGGAAGAGAUGGAUGUUUGAAACUAUGGAAUUACAAUAAUGGACAAUGUUUGCACACACUGAAAAAGGGUAAAACAUCUGAUGAAAUUUGUGACUGUACAUACGUUGAAAUAAACAAAAGCAAAUUUAUUGUUGCUGUCGGAUGGGAUAGAAAAAUUAACAUGUACAUUGACUCUGAUAACCUGCACCAUUUUUGGACACCACUGCCAUGCUGGAAGGAUGAUUUAAUUCGAGGUCACAGAGAAGAUAUUCUGUGCUUAGCUCAGAAUCCACCUAAAUUCCUUGCUAGUUCAAGUUAUGAUGGUGAAAUUAUUGUUUGGAAUUUGAACUCAGGUCACAUAGACUGCCGGCUUCAUAUACCAAGUCAUUCUGAUUCUGCAGGAAAGAAAAUUGCAGAUAACAGUAUUAGCAAGAUCCUUUUUCUGAAAACACGAAAAACUACAUUACAAGAAGCAGCCUGUCUUGUCUCCAAUGGACCUCAAGGUUGUGUUUACUUCUGGAAUGUGCUUAAUGGAGGGAAACUACUUGCUAACUUCACACCAUCUCGGAUGGGAUACAGAGUCAGCAGUAUUGCCGUCGAUAAAGAUGAUGCAUUAAUGUUUGUAGCAGACAGUAUUGGCUUUAUUUAUGUUUAUGACAUCAAGGAGUACGCAUUGCAUGGAAUAGAAAAAGAACCAGCAAAAACUGUGAAUCACUGGAGAGCUCAUGUCAACAUGAUUACACAUUUAGAAGUGAUAAAAGAAGAUAAUGUUGUCCUUUCCUCCUCACUGGAUUGUACAAUGCGUCUUUGGAGCUUGAAUGGAGAAUUCAUUGGGACAUUUGGACAGAGAGACUUAUGGGAGAUUUCUACUCCUGCUUCUUGGAAACACCCUAUGGUGCCCCAUGAGAUUUUGGUAGAUCCAGAAAGUAUGCCCAGCCACCCAGUGCUUGAAGGAGAAAUGCAUAUGUCAGACACUGUUUCUUCUGUGGAAAAACAGGAUAAAGAUAUUUCCGAUAAUAAGCAUAACAUGAACAACUGUGCCAAGUUCACAGUCACCGACAGUGAUAUCCAAGAAGAAAUUGACAAGCUGGAUGUUUCAAUUUGUCAAGAAAAAUGGCUGCGCCAUGAAAAAUACAGGAGGCUACAGGAAUCUAUGAAUCACAGUGGAUUAAGUAUCUAUAACUCUCUUAGAUGCUGUGACCUUAUUAAUGUAUCUCUUACAUUGAAAAAGCCAAACAUGUCCGCAGUUGGUUCUGAUCCCUUCCAAAGUGAUAUAACAUUAUAAAACAAGCAGUUAAUACGGAAAAUGCGGACCUAUUAUCUCAUUUAUUCAUGAGACUGACAUGGAAUAAAAUGUUACAAUAUAAUCAAAAAGUCAAAAUGGUCAAUCCUGAUUCAUUCAAGAGGCUUUUCAAGGGAUGUGUCGAUAAACUGCAAAACAGAGUGGAUUUUGCUAUAAAACCGUCAGUUUCAAUGUUUCUAAAACAGUUUGUUUUGUAUGCAGAUUUUUUGCAAUGCAGUUAUUAAUUUCAGGUGGACAAAUCAAAAAAUGAAUUAAAGAAUUAAUGAAAGUAACCAAA